AAAAGAUGGUCAUUAAGGAAACGUCACGCUGAGUUACACAGUGCGAUAGAAGAAGAUUAUUAGAGAGCAGUUGACAUGGCCCAAGCGAAUGAAAGAAGAGAAAGCAAUUGCUGCUGCUGCUGACGCGACGCGAACGUGCGUGUGUGUAUGCGUCUGUGUUUACGUGUUUGCUCGAAUGGCUGGCUCCCUGCAGAGCUGAGAUAAGUGUUAUGAUGGGAAAAGCAAGUGAAGAAAGUAAUAAUAAUUUAAUUACCCACAUAAUUAGAGUUAAGAGAGUGUAAUAAAUACCGAAGGGAAAGCGUGGAAAAGUGAAAAAAGUCACCGUCGUCUGUGAGUACGUGUGUAUGAGUGUUUCGAAGUAAUCAGUGUAUUGAGCCGGUUGUAAAUAUAUCGCACGGUGAAGUAGCAGAAAGAAAAAGAAUAAGUCGAAGAGGAAGUUAAAUGGCAUUAGCAACGACGGUUGAAUCGUGUUAAUGGCCCUCAGAGCGAUGCUGGCCGGAGCGGAGAUGGUCCCCAAGCCAGUCACGGUAGCCACACUGGACCCACUGCUGCUGGAUGCCAAUACUUCUACACCGAACAGUAGUGGCCUGGUCCCGUACUUCGGCAAUGGAACGCCGCCCGCAGCAGCGCCGACCGUGACGGAUCUGAUCACGGUGACGGCUGCCAAUGGGACGACCGCUCUCUCCACUCCCGACGAGGACCGUUUCUUCGAGGUGGGAGUACUGUGUAUGAAAAGCUUAAUCUUCGGAUCCAUCAUCAUCGGGGCUGUGCUAGGAAAUGCACUCGUUAUCAUUUCGGUGCACAAAAAUAGGAAACUAAGAGUAAUAACCAAUUACUUUGUUGUAUCGUUAGCAAUGGCAGACAUCAUGGUGGCCCUCUGUGCCAUGACAUUCAAUGCAUCCGUCGAACUAUCAGGAAGGUGGCUGUUUGGACCGUUUAUGUGCGACGUUUGGAACAGCCUGGAUGUGUACUUUUCUACGGCCAGCAUCCUGCAUCUGUGCUGCAUUUCCGUCGACCGGUACUUUGCCAUCGUGCGGCCCCUCGAGUACCCGCUGUACAUGACGCACCGGACCGUCGGGUUCAUGCUGGCCAACGUGUGGAUGCUGCCGGCGUUGAUCUCGUUUACGCCCAUCUUCCUCGGGUGGUACACGACGGCCGAGCACCUGGAAACGCUCAAGGACAAUCCGGAGAUGUGCGUGUUCGUGGUCAACAAGGCGUAUGCGCUCAUUUCCAGCUCCAUCAGCUUUUGGAUACCGGGCAUCGUCAUGGUGACCAUGUACUACAGGAUAUUCAAGGAAGCCGUCCGGCAGCGAAAGGCCCUCAGCCGCACCAGCUCCAACAUCCUGCUGAACAGUGUUGCCAUCAACAAUUCCAACACGCUCCAUGCCAACUACCACCGCAAUCAUCACCUGCGGGCGAGCGACUGCGAUUUCGGUAUGGACCCAAAGGACAUCCAGCACGACACGCACAGCGAAAUGAGCGACCUGGAUAUCCCCAUCGUGCCGACGAUCGUCAACGACGACGACAACAACGGCAACAACGAUGACGAUCUGCUGGUGCCAUCGUCUCCGCCGCGACGGCUCAGUCGAAGCAGCAUCGAUCUGCGGGAUUUGGAGUACAAGAACGAAACCAAAAUCAAACCGUCGGACAGCGUCAGCUCCAUCUUUCCGCUGAAUUACGAGAACAACCUCCGGUACUCGGGCAGUGAACCGAUUCACGUGAAGGAGAACCAACAGCGGAGGCCUUCGCGGAAGGAGAGCUUCAAGCAGAUCAACUUCUUCCAACCGUUCUUCUCGAAGAACAAUCUGCUCAAGUCGUACAUCAAGGGCAGCAGCUGCAAGGGCGGCGAUAACGAAGGAAGCAAUCUCAACAAUAGCAAUACCAAUAACCGGACGGCUUCGGAGAAGAAGCUGAACAAUAAGAAUAAUGACAAUCGUUCCAGUAACAACAUUAUCGAUCUGAUCAAUGUAACGUCGUCGCUGAACAAGGACAGUUCGGUGGCCGAGAAGGAGGUAAACACGCACAAACGGCACCAGAUUGCGGCCAGUGAAUCGGAUUUCCUGACCAUGAUCCAGAAGCAGAGGUCCCAGCGGUUGGGACUGGGCAAGAACAGUGCCAGCAUGAAGAAGAGCAGCCACAAGGAUGGGGUGAAAGACGAUCAGUUGAUCUACGCGUUGAGCGAUUCAGACUUCACGGCUGCGUUCCAAGGAGAUGAAUCGAUUCUAAAGAGUUUUAAGAAUCUGAAGGCAUGUUCCGAGCAAAAAGAUGGUAUUUUUAAGAUAGUGCUGAAUGGUGACGGCGGGUCUGCGGCGGCUAUCGGUAUCAACGACACGCCGGAUAUCCUGAUCGGCUGCUUCGAUCACGGAUUCAGUGGGACCCGGCCGUUGAGUCCAACCAGUCCCAAAGAGGUUGUGUCCGCUUGUGCAGAGGAGAACGUCCUCAUCAAAUCAUUCAAUCUCAAAGUUGUGAAUAGUAGUAGUAUUACGGCAAUCCAAAGUAGCACAGUUAGUGAUAGUAAUCUUAGUCACGCCGAAGGCAGCUACGUGAUCGAUCUGAUAUCAGCAAUCGCGUCCGCGGGUUCUCCACCGCAUUCGGCCGGACUGCUUCCGGAAGCAAUCUCCCGUGAAUGUGACCGACGCAGAAAUUGUGAUAAACCUCCUAGUAGUAGCAUUGUCGAUAGUCUGAAACCGCUGGCGACACUCACCGAUUCCGGCAGUCCGGUGAACGUGCUGAGUGAAGCUUCCACCAUAUCUCUAGAUCUAGUGGCGAUGAGUCCGAGCACAAAACUGCAAGUUCCUAGCGCUACCGUCGGGAGCACCGUUCCUUCUUCAGGUCCAACGAACGAGGACAGUGUCAACCCGGUGGAUCAUCCCGUCGAUCCGGGUGAGGUCAUAAACAACCCGGACAUCAUAAUCGAAAACAUCCGAAACGACAGCUUGAACAAUCAACAGCAGACGACGACGACGACGACGACGACGAUGAUGCCACCGUCGAUUAUGACUCCGUCCCCGAUUCAUCACCCGGGACUGCAGCGCAAGCGACAAUCGUCCACCGUCACGUACAAUAUUAACGUGAUUAACUUUAGCGAUAAUCCCGAUGAUGACAGCAGUUAUCAGAUGAACAACCGUAGCAGUGAUCAACGGACGGGUGGCGGCACGGGGCCCGGAGCAGGUGCAAGGUCCAACAGUUCAACGAAUUCGAGCCAAAAGCAGCACACCCGCCGCGGCGCCAUCUGCAUAGUGAUCAACAACGACAACGUGGUCCAUGCCAACGAUACGGACACGGACUUUGACGACCACGACGACACGGGCUACGGGGGCACCGAUGCUGGAGACCCUCGUCGGUCUCCACCGUGUGGGUGUGGCUUGGGGUACCACGACGGUGGGUCCGAUGCGGCCAGCUGUCGGCACAACAAGUUCCGCAAGAUCAAAUGCCUCUGGAACCACUUUAGGCGCUACGGCUUCCAACGGCGGUGGCACCGGGCUCCCUCGAGACGUCGUAACGAACCGUGCGACGGUGGCGUUGGAGUGGUCGGUGCAGAUGGUAGAGGACACGACGGAAGCCCCGCGAUGGCGAGGCUCACGGUUCCAGCCGGCAUCGGUGGCCGCUUUGGUAGCCGUUGCAGCAGUGUUGGUUGUGGGGAAGGUGGCACAUCGACGCGCCAAUCGAAGGGCUGGCGAGCGGAGCACAAAGCAGCUCGGACGCUCGGUAUCAUCAUGGGAGUGUUCCUGCUCUGCUGGUUGCCAUUUUUCCUCUGGUACGUCAUCACAACCCUGUGCGGCGAAGAGGCGUGCCCCUGUCCGGACGUGGUCAUAACGGUGCUCUUCUGGAUCGGCUACUUCAACUCGACGCUCAAUCCGCUCAUCUACGCUUACUUCAACCGGGACUUUCGGGAAGCGUUCCGGAACACGCUGCAAUCGCUGCUGCCCUGCUUCGGCAAGAAGGACCCCUUCGACGGGCACAGCGCCUACUAUGUGUAGUAUUAAGGGUGUGCUGGCCCCCCGUUCCCACCACCUUAGGAUUAAGACCGGUAAAAUUGUUUCUCGACUUCUCUUGGUUCACGGUUUGCGUGGGAGGAUGCAGCAAAGCGGGAAGUGGGUUGGUGGACUGAACAUUUUCCCCCCUCCCAA